AUGUUGCUCUUUCAUGGAUUUGCCGUUUAACGUUCGUAGAAACAGCGGAGUCACUUUCUUUGUGUAAGGAAAUUUGUGUUGUGAUCCGUCAGAGCCUCUGUGUGUCCGGAUAAACCUGUCUGAAUGGACUUUGUGCUGUUCACCUUUUCUUUCUGGAUGUUUUAUCUCUGACUCAUCUCCCGUUAUACUACAAACUCAUUCAAGUUAGCUUAGCAUGCUAGCUGGUUAGCACCGCGGCGCUAGUCAGAGUGACUGAUGGAGAGCAACUGUGUUUCUGACGGAGUUUGUGUGGAGAAAAAGUUGGUGUCACUGUGUGAAAAAUGUCUAAAGUCCAAACGGUGAGAGCGCUGGUGGAGCAGCGACUGACUGCGGCUGCUGAAGAGAUAUUUGGGCUGUUUGAAAGAACGAUAGCAGAGUACGAGGAGCAACUUUGUCGUUCAAAAGAGAAGAACGAGCGACAACAGAGACUACUGGAUGCUGUUUUCAACCCUCAGAUUCAGCUACACAGAGCAGACAUUCAGCAGCCGUCGGUGAGUGAAGAAGAGUUUCCCUCUGAGCAGCAGGAGAGGAGCUGCAGUCUGGACCAAGACCAGGAGGAGCCAGAGCCGCCACACAUUAAAGAGGAACAGGAGGAACCUCGGGCCAGUCAGGAGGGAGAGCAGCUUCAGGGGCUGGAGGAGGCUGAUAUCACCAAGUUCACAUUCACUCCUGUCCCUGUGAAGAGUGAAGAAGAUGAAGAGAAACCUCAGUCCUCACAGCUUCAUCAAACACAAACUGAACGGAUGGAAACAGAAGCUGGUGGAGAGGACUGUGGAGGCCCAGGACCAGACAGGAACUCUGAUCCAGAGCCACAUUUACAAGCAGAUACUGGUGACGAGCCUGCAGACUCUUCUGAACCUGAGACUGAUGACAGUGGUGAUUGGAAGGAGACCAGAGAACCUCAGUCAGGUUUGAACUGUUUGAAAAAAGAUGGCGGCCCUGUCAGAGAUUCCUCAUUUCGUGCUGGUGAGAAACGAUUUAGCUGCUCUGAGUGUGGGAAAAGAUUUAGCAACAAAAGCAAUAUGAAUAGACACAUGGUUUCUCAUGCUGGAGAGAAACCUUUCAGCUGCUCCGUUUGUAAGAAAACCUUUACACGGAGUGGAGAUUUAAAGGUACACAUGAGACUCCACACAGGAGAGAAACCUUUCAGCUGCGCAUUUUGUAAGAAAACUUUUACACAGAGUGGAACUUUAAAGGCACACAUGAGACUCCACACAGGAGAGAGACCUUUCAGCUGCUCAGUUUGUAAGAAAACUUUUACACGGAGUGGACAUUUAAAGCAACACAUGAGAUUCCACACAGGAGAGAGACCUUUCAGCUGCUCAGUUUGUAAGAAAACUUUUACACUAAGAGGACAUUUACAGGCACACAUGAGACUCCACACAGGAGAGAGACCUUUCAGCUGCUCAAUUUGUAAGAAAACUUUUACACUGAGUGGACAUUUAAAGGCACACAUGAGACUCCACACAGGAGAGAGACCUUUCAGCUGCCCAGUUUGUAAGAAAGCUUUUACACUGAAAACCUUUCAUAAAUGUGCUGGCCGCUCAUCCUCAAAGUUUCAUCAAACUGAGGAGAACAAAGAGGCAGAGCCUCCAGCCAGCAGCCCACAUGAAGAGAUGCAAACAGAAGCUGAUGGAGAGGACUGUGGAAGACCAGAAGCAGCCAGGAACUCGGAUCAAGAUGGUCCAGAGACUGAUGAGAAGACUGGAGAUUCUCUUGAACCUGAGACUGAUGACAGUGGUUAUUGGAAGUAAACUAGCACAACUCAAUCUGCUGUAAAUUCAGUGAAAUGGUCCUCAUCACAGUUGUUGUUUCUUAGUUACAGGGUUUCUGUUUAAUCAGCCUCUUAACAUCCUGUUGGCAUGUUAAUUUCAGGUUUAAGUCUGUUCUGUGUCCUCUGUUAGCACAUUCUGGUGCUUCGUUUUUCAAUGGUUCUAUACAAAUACUUUUACUCUGUGUCAGAAAGUGUCCAUUCUUUAGUUUGCUGUCCAGGUUAGGCUGAAAUAUUGUCUGUUUAACUUCUGUCUCAUGAUGGUAUACCAAGAGUUGAACCGUUCAGCUCUUUUUUUAUUUUUUACCAAAACUGCCGUUCAACAUUUAAAUUUGACCUUAGUUUCAGUGUUUUUGUUUAAUCAACCUCUUAAUGUCCUGUUGACAUGUCCAUUUCAGGUUCCAAUCUGCUCUAUGUCCUCUGUUAGCAUGUUCUGGUGCUUUGUUUUUCAAUAGUUCUAUGCAAAUAAAUGUUUUUUGUGUCA